AACGCACUCCAUAAACGAACACAACCCUCUGAAAACAUAAUAAGAAUUAAGUUAUAUAAUAUAAUUAUGAAAUAUACGAACGCAUAUUGUUUAUAACGCUGUUGCGUAUUGGCUGGAAACUGACGAACUGAUACAUCCUACUUAUGAUGUGUAAAGUGUACCGAGUUUGAAUAGUAAGCUUAUGUUCACGUAUGAGGUACAUAUCUGUCAGAGUGAGUCCACGUCAUGUCAUGUCAUAGUAACCUAAAUAAAAGGAGAAUGAAGAAAGAAUGCCGACCGUGAUUGUGCGCGGCCCCGGCGCACGUGCCGGCUCCCACGGCCGCGAGCACGUGCGCAUUAACUAAUGUUUACUUACUAUAUCAUACGUCUCUAGCGUGAGCGUUACAUUAUUUAGCACGCCCAAGAUUUUUACUAGGCAAAAGACGAUUACACUAUCUUAAUGAAGCAAAUGAAAGAUCAUAUAUUAUACUUUGUAGACUAAACCAAAGUCCUUCCUAAUUCUUUAAUUCAUUAUAAUCGUCAAUUGCACUCGACGAAGGUUCCCUCGAUGGCAGUCCUCGAGCAGUGUUUACCCUCUUUGUUGUCCACGUGGCGCUUGCGCGAUUAUAUAGCUGUGCCGCAUUAGCAAAGCAAGCGAGAGUGAAACGCCUGAAGUGGGCAGCGGCGGCGCGGCGCUUACGACCUGUGGGCGCGGACACGCUGACCAGCGCCGGCCGCCACCACCCGCGCCUCAGUGAUCGUUAGCCAGCGCCGGGACCGGCCGCGCCCGCCGCCGCGACAUGUGAGCCAUGCCGCCCGCGCCCGCCCCCUCCGAGGACGCCAGCGCCUUCACCGUGCUCAACCAUGAGCGCGCCGCCGACGAGGCCCGGCGGCCCGCGCUGCCCGUGCCGCUGCCGCGCAACGUGAACGUGGUGAAGCCGCUGCAGCACGCCGAGCCCGCGCGUGACCUCGGCAUGGGUGUGCAGCCCCCGCACACUAUCCUCGAUCCUAAAUUCUCUAGGGCGCUCGAUUUUAAACUGCGCCGUCUCAAAGAGAAGGAAAUUUUGCAGACUAAUUUACGCCGACCGACGCGCUACCGCCCUAAAAACGGUACACUGGCCGCAUCAAACCCGAAUGUCAGCACGGCGGAGCAGCUUCCUGCACGACUGUUGAGCCAGUCGCAUCCGCGCAUCAAUAUAAUCGAGACGAAUAACGAAAAAAAAGUGUCUCCUAAAAUGGACAGUUCGCCAUCACCAGGACGAAAGACACGGUCGAGAAAUGCUGCUCUCUCCACCGAAGGCGAUAAGCCACGAUUCGUUACGACGGUGAAGAGCGGCCAGUUCCUACUGCCACCUCCGGAGGUCGCGCGAAUACUCGGCCUGGAAACCCUGUACCCGGCUAAGGAACGAGACAAGAUUGUUUACUCAUAUGCCAGUAAACCGAAAGCCGUGGCUCCGCGCUCAAAGCGGUCCGUACCAGGGAAGAAAGACAACGCCGUGGCCAACGGCUCGUUGUCGGAGCAGCGGCGGCUGCACGCGGGCGACGUGUUCAGCGGCGUGCGCGCGCUCAUCGCCGGCGUGGCGGGGCUGCGGCCGCCGGGGCCCGAGCCCCGACCAGCGCCGCCCGCGUACGUACUGCUACAGACAAGGGCCCAAUUCGGUUCAUUAUUUUGUGAUCCUAGUGAAUCCCGAACGCAGCACUACUCACAAAAAUCUAUCUGAACAUUAAUUUUCCUCUCCAUGCAAGCUUUGUUCUAAUCAACCAAACAAAUAUCUAUACAUCUUUAUACACUUUUCAACGAAAUUCUAAAUUUGCGGCCUAAUGUGGACCUAGUUACACACAAGUUAUAGUAUUAGAAUAUAAAAACGUUGAAAUAGAUCAAGCUACUUAUAAUCGUUACUCAUGCAAGUACUCCCGUAAUUUAUAGGGGUUGCUUGUAGGUAUCGGCGUAGCAAUAUUCAUGUGCAAUGGUCGGUGUGUUCCCAGACACAUUUCAUCAUUUUCACCCUACCUUGUGGCAGAUCCCAGACACUACAGUCCAGCGAGUUGUGAGCGUUGCUCUUCUUGUAACCGAGUGUU